CUGUGUUGUUUUGGUCUUUCUAUCAUCAUAAAAUACGCUUUAUUUUUAAAUGACCUAAUUUGCUAAUCUCUUGCCAUCUGUUUGGUUACAUUGAUGACAGUUUGUGACUCAUUUAGUCUUUUUAUCUGCUAAAAAUACGCUUUUAAAACCCACUAGGUGAGACAGUCCGCUGGCCGCACUGCAGUACACAUGCCACAAGGCAGAGGGCGCUGGUGAGCCCAGAGUGUAUGUGACACCGCAGUUAACGAAUAAUAGAUUUAGCGGUAGCUAAACAAGUGCAGCAAACCAGUUACUCUUUAGUACUGUUUAGCAUCAAUUUCUAAAUAGAGGAUUUGGUUUUUAAACCCCUAAACUCAAGAAUUUGUUUAGACACGUUACUGAUAGUGAUUUCUACUGAGACCGAGGGACUUUAAACACUGAAGAAAGAAAAAGAAGACUUCUACAAACAGAACAUUCAUCUGUUUCUUCAGGAGGAACAGCGCACAGGCUUCAGUCAUAAGGAAAAAUGGUCGCUCUCCCUCGCUCUGUCACACACUCUUCUCGCUGCGGGUCCACUGCUGAUGCUGCUCCAUCCCCUGACUGCGAGAUGUUCACCCCGGCUUUCAAAGGAUCCCCAGGGGAGUCGAGGAUUGACAAGUCGACUCUGUCUGCGCUGAAAGCUCGGAAACAAGAGCUGCUGAAUAUCUCCAACGUCCCUAUUGGAGAAUGCCCCCCAUCGCCGCCCCGCACUGCACCCCCCAGCAUGAAGUCUGCAGAAUUCUUCGAUAUGCUGGAAAAAAUGCAGGUCCCUAAAACCGAAGAGACCAAAAAAUGGAAGGAUGACUACAUUCCCUACCCACGGAUUGAAGAUGUCUUAGAAAAAGGAGGUCCAUAUCCCCAAGUAAUUCUGCCCCAGUUUGGCGGUUACUGGAUCGAGGAUGCAGAGGCACCAGCAGGGACGCCUUCCUCGUCAGAGUCCAGUUUCUGCGAGGAGGAAGAGGAAGGAGGCGAGGCCAUGAGUCCUGGAGGGGCACACAGCUUCCGCCUGGAGUGCAACAGCACAGCUCGAGCCUAUGGCAAACACUUCCUCGGAAAGGAGCACAUGAACUAUUACUGCACGGGCAGCAGCAUCGGGAACCUCAUCAUGUCUCUGAAACACGAGGAGGCCGACGGCCAGGAGUUCCUGCGCAUCAUACUCAGAUCAAGGACCAAAACAAUUCAUGACAGAAUUUCAUUAGCCGGCAUCAACCAGCUGCCGAGUGUGCCUCAGAUUGCUAAACUUCUGUGUGACGACGCCACUGGGAUCAAGUUCAACCCGGUCCUGUACCCCCGGGGAUCUCGCUUGAUCGUUGCUUACGAUGAACACGAGGUGAACAACACCUUCAAGUUCGGGGUCAUCUAUCAGAAGUUUGGACAGACGUCGGAGGAGGAGUUAUUCGGAAACAACGAGGAGACGCCCGCUUUUAAGGAGUUUCUCAGUGUCCUUGGAGAAACCAUUGAACUCCAGGAUUUUAAAGGGUUCCGUGGAGGUCUGGACGUGUCCCACGGGCAGACGGGGUCCGAAUCCGUCUACACGGUCUUCAGACAGAGAGAGAUUAUGUUCCACGUGUCCACUAAGCUUCCCUUCACCGAGGGCGACGUGCAGCAGCUCCAAAGGAAAAGGCACAUAGGAAAUGACAUUGUGGCCGCCGUCUUCCAAGAAGAAUCCACGCCGUUCGUUCCUGACAUGAUUGCCUCCAACUUCCUGCAUGCGUAUGUGCUGGUGCAGGUGGAGAACCCCUGCACGGAGAACACCACCUACAAGGUGUCUGUCACUGCAAGAGAAGAUGUUCCAUCUUUUGGACCUCCACUCCCAAACCCACCAGUCUUCAAGAAGGGCCCCGAGUUCAGAGACUUCCUGCUGACCAAGCUGAUCAAUGCUGAGAACGCUUGCUACAAAUCGGACAAAUUCGCCAAACUGGAGGGCCGCACGCGAGCAGCGCUGCUGGACAACCUCCACGACGAGCUGCACAGGCAGAGCCAGGCCAUGCUGGGUUUGGGCCAGGUGGGCGAGGAGGACAAGCUGGAGAACGGCGGGCACGGCGGCCUGCUAGAAUCCUUCAAGAGAGCCAUGCGUGUCAGGAGUCACUCCAUGGAGACCAUGGUGGGGUCUCAGCGCCACCGCAGCCCCGGCGUAGGGGGCGGGGUUCCAGCCAGCCUGAGUGGUGGAGGGCUACCUCAGAGCACCAGUGAAUGCACGAAGAGCACUUUCACUCCUCCGACCAUGUCUGCCAAGUCGCCCCUGAAGAGCCCGGUGAAGCGGCGCUCAGGCCUCUUCCCUCGGCUCCACUCCAGCACAGAGAGUCCUGCAGACAGGCACACGCGCAGUGACCAAAAACUGGGAGAGUUCUACCCGGCCUCUCAGGAAGUCAGGUCAGAGACGUCGUCCAAUCCGAGCUCCCCCGAAAUCUAUCCCAACAAAGAAAGGCCUUUCAUGAAGGUGAAGGAGUCCACCAGCAGCUGCAGACCAAACAUCUCCCGCUCCUCUUCCAGCACCAGCAGCUUCAGCAGCACCACCGGAGAAACCGAAGCUCUGGAGGAGCUGGAGUCUGCCACCCAUCACAGCUUCACAGCUUCCUCUUCAGCCUUCAGCCCCGCUCUGAGCCUCGACAGCCAGGGAUCCAGCACACCUGUCAUCAUGUGCCGCAGUCCAACAGAUGGGAAAAGCAAAACUUCACCGAGGUCCCAUUUGAAGUUCCGCUUCGACAAAAUGAGCCACUCAUCUGCAACGACUGAAUAACUUCCCGGAAUAAAAAAAACCCAACAAUCCCAGACUUGCACAAUAAACAGUGGAACUGGAGGAGCUGAAAUGAAUCAUGACAACCACAGUUCAACCACUUCCUUCACAGAUGAAUCUGGCUAGUAACCCCGACAGACACACAGAGACCACCCCCUAAUACUGUGAGAGUGAGCGGACGAGGCACGGCUGACUUUUUCAGCAUCUGGGAGCUGCUGGAGUGACUCAAUCCUUUGCUGCAUUAGAGAAGUGAAUUGUUCUCAUCACACGACGGCGUCGGCACGGUGGAAUACUGUGAGUGUCGGCUGAGCUAGACUCCAACUCAGCCCUUGAGCAUAAAGGGAUAAAACUUUGAUGGCUGAACUGUUAGUCUUUGUGUAGUCGACUGUUGAGUUUCAAGCCCCUGGAUCCUUCCCGUUCCCCAGAAUGGUACAUUUGGUGAUGGUUGUUGUUUUGACUAAAAUGCAGACAGAAGCACGCAUGACAAAAGUUAAUGUCCAGUUGAGCAAUGAAGACUCAAAGGCUGCAACCAUUGACUGUAUAUGAGACCUGGACCGAGUGAGUGUGGCGUCACCCUCAGAAAGAAUCUUGUGUCACUUCCUCGUGUAGCCAACAUUGCAACAGUUAAGAAACUAGAACUUGAUUAGCUCCCAUAAUUUGUUCAUUUUAUACCUUUAUUGCUUCAAGAUUGUGAAAUGUGUUUGUCGCUAACGACAACAACAAAAGAUUAGCUUCCAGUAGCAUCUUAGAUGAGUUAAUAAAGUGGCAGUAAGUGGUGCUGUCCUUGUGCACUGGGGAGUAAAAAAACAAUAAAAUAAAUCAGACAAAGGAAUUAUUUGCACAUUCGCUGUACAGAUCGGGUAGAUCCAGCCAUGCAGUCCCACUCUGCACAGGUGCAGUAAGCAUUGUGCAGUUUUCUUCCAUGACAUUUGUUUUGUUUGUCAUCAACAUUAAAACAAACUUUUUUUACUAUAGGGUUAUUAUUUUUGAUAACAUCUCAACAGAUAUUCUGACUGGUAAGUGUUGCAAAAUGCUUCAGCAGAAGUAGACUGAUUUUGCGCAUGCAGUUUAUUGAUCAGGUGACUCUUACAGAUGGGGUAGUGACAGAAUUUAGGUAAAUUCGUUCUCAAUUUUUCAUGAGAAGGACUCAACCAAGUUGGAGCCAAAAGUCAUUAGUGCACAUUGAUUUUUCUAAGUCAGUCUGAGUGAGCGUUUCUAUGGCAACCACUCAAGCCAGUCAGUAGUGAGCUUGUUGGAAGUCCACACCCCUACCACUAGAAAGUGGGCAACUCAAAAUCUGUCAGUCAAGUGUUUUGACUGUUUAACAUGAGACCACAUAUUUGGCAUCAAUAUCUGUCUAUAGAAUGUUGUCUUCUUGAAAGCAGCUGUACUUCCUGCUUGGAAUCCCAGAGGUCGCCUUUUUUCCACUGACCAGUCCGGUAGGGAGUGGUACAGUAUGGUCCAGUUAAUUCGGGCAAGCAUUUCCACUCAGGCCUCACUUCCACUGAGCAGCUGGUUUUCACAGCUCAUACGUGGGGUAAGACCACUAGCAUGUCACUAGUGGAAUCAAAGGCUUUAGACUACAGUCAUAUAUCCCAAAAUCCCAGCCCGCUGCGACCUAAGCAGAAGAUUUUCAGCAAUUUCAGCAGGUGGCUGGUAAUCUGGAGGCAGCAGUUCCCUUUUAUUAUUCCCACCGGAGGAUGGACAGUUUUCCUCUAAAAGUUGACAUUUGUCUGUGACUGCCCGGUUGGGAAAUGGCAGUCCAGUGACAGUCCAGAGGCAGUAGAGAGACAUUCAGUGGCAGUCCAGUGGCAAUCCAGUGGCAGUCCAGUGACAGCCCAGAGGCAGUAGAGAGACGUUCAGUGGCAGUCCAGUGGCAAUCCAGUGGCAGUUCAGUGGCAGUCCAGUGGCAGUCCAGAGGCAGUAGAGAGACGUUUCAAGUUUCAAGUUUCAAGUUUCAAGUUUAUUGGUGUAGUUCCCAUUUGUAAGAUUAACACAUUAUACAGUAAGAAAAACAAACAACCAAUAAAAAAAGGAAUAGGCAGAAGCUUAUUAAGCUUACGUUCAGUGGCAGUCCAGUGGCAAUCCAGUGGCAGUCCAGUGGCAAUUUAGUGGCAAUCCAGUGGCAGUACCACGUAACCAAUUUCAAAAAAAUCGGGUGGCAGCUUGUCUUCUUGAAGAUUCUGUGAAGCCUCAUCAUUCCACAGUGGCAGUUGUAUUUGUGACCCUAGCCUUAGUCUCAUAUACAGUCGAUGGUUGCAGCUCUCCGUUGGUCCAUGUGUGUGGGAUCUAAACCUGUUCUUUGCAUUUAUUACUGCUUUCCUUCCGUGGUUAGCUGCUGCAUUGCCUUGCAAAUCAAGCCCACAUGCAGUGUCCGUCUGUUAGAGUAACCUUAAAGCUCCACUUAGUGAAACCCCAUUCCCUGGGGACGCAGUGCGAGACACCGCCGUCACAUUUUAGCUCGUUUCAGCCAAAGCUGCGCCUUACAAUCUAUCUUCAGCCCUGUUCCUCAGCUGGCGUGUUGUGUGGGCGUCUCUCCCAGCAUCCCUCACGAUGCGAGAGGAUGACCCUCUGAUGGAUCCGGUUACAGCACCGUGGUGGGCGGCCAGCUGACGCCCACACUUGCUGCUGAAAAUAUUUCACUCGCUUGUACCUUCAUUGAAGCUUGCUAGCUCGAUGUAUCAGUGUGUUUGGGUUUUAAACAGGGACGCCUCUUCAGGUUUUAGAUAAGUUUUACUUUUUUUUAUUUUUUUGCAAAACUACUUUGAAUGUGAAUUUUUGUAAUCAAUACAGAGCCAGAUGUUUUCUCUUAUUCUCUAUUCUGGGUUUUGCCAUUUACAAAGUGGACCUAUGUGUUUAACAAGUGCUGUUUCACCUCCAGAAGAUAACAUUUUCCAUUUGAAGAAGUAGAGGAGAAAAUGGCCAAAAGUUUGUCGUGCAAAUUCAACUCUUUUUUUUUUUUUUUUUUACUGCUUUCUGUUCUGCAUUAGACAGUUCAAUUCUCACUUCCUUCUCACUUUUCCUUAUUUAGCUGUCUGAUACAAAACAUAUGCAGAGGAGAAAUCAAAUCUUCAUUUUGCUCAAAUAUUCAUAGAUUAUUUAUUUACUUUAUGUCUUUAUGGAUAAUUAAUUUUAAAAAUGUUUUGCCGCCUUUUUUCCUGGUUCUUCGCUUCACUUUUGUUACAUUUCCUCCUUCAUUUGUUAAGCUGGGUGUGGUUUGAGUGCUGUCUGCUGCAAAAACUUCACAAAGCACUCCAGGCUAUUCACCACUUCAAAUUUCCUUUAAAAAUUUGUAAUAAAAACAAAGUGUGACUGGGUUAAAAAAAAAAACAACAACAACUUUAAUUUCUUAACAAAAAGAUGUUAAUGAACACAAUAGUAAACAUUCACAGAGAUGUUAAUAUGACCAAAACAAACACACUGGUAGAUGUUUGAAGUCAAUCUAUGACUCCAUUUACACUGUUAAAAGUGAAAUGUUGGAUCAAUUAACAAAAGCUCUGUAAUUUAUUACAUUUAAAAAUAUCAGUUUUUUAUCUAAUUAAAUUUUUGAAAUGAGUAAAACAUCAAAACAUCAAAACGAAACAUUUUCAUUAAAUGUAACAAAUUAUAGAACUUUUUUCAAUCAAUCCAUUGUUUCACUUUUUACAGUGUAGUUCAAAUUUAUCAAAGUUGUUCAUAAAAUGUUAUCUUAUGAGGACCUGUUCCUGUACUUGGUAUGAAAACGUGUACAUUUAUGGACAAAAAUCAUCAGAUAGUGAAGAACAGUGAUGAGCUGGAAGAUUUUAUGUUUUUUUUUUUGUUUGUUUUUUUGCAGGAAUUGCUUAAAGUUCUCUGCAGCAUUUUGUUUUGUUGAUGCUUAAUUUAUUGAAGAUGAACUUCUUUUGCAUUGAUGUCAUGUACAAAUGUCUCUGCAGAGUACGCAAAAUAAAUACAAGAAAUAUAUUAAUUUAAGAGAUGUCUAAACAUAUAUAUGUAUAUUUGGUUAUGUAAUGUGCCACUAAGAAUUUAUUCUAAAAUAAAAUGUUGUAUUUUGUGUCAUUUU